AUGUCACAAAUAGAAGAUAACCCAAACGAAGGGUCGGUGGCUUCUGCUGCUGCGGCCCCACAUCCCUUCGUUGUGCCUCAGAAUUCAGCAGAAGAAGCUCCAGAAGAGGCGCGCUCACAGAUAUCUGCUGCAGGAGAGCUGCUGCCAGCCCCCUCGCUUCCCAACCAAGCAGCAGCAGCAGCAGAGGAAGCAGCAGCAGCAGCAGCAGCAGCAGCAGCAGGCGAUGGUGCUGCUUGGCUAGGCACAUUGAGGCCUCCUGCUGCAGCUUCUUUUAUGAAAGAGGAAGAAGCAGCAGCAAAUCCAACUGCAGCAGCAACAGAAUCAGCAGCAAAAGAAAGAAGCGCUUCCGAAGGGGGUGCUGAGAGUUCUACUGUCGCUGCUGCUGCUAAUGAAGAUGCUGCUGCUGCUGCUGCUGCUGCUGCUGCUGCGCCCUCAGCAGCAGCAGCAGAAGAAACAGAUUUAGAAAGGGGUUUGAUUAAAGACUCUGGCGAGGCUUCAGUCGGGGGUUUAGAUGGUGAGGGUUUAGAGGUUGAGGGUUUAGGCGAGGGUUUAGAAGAAGAUGAGGGUUUAGGAGACCCCAGCGGCAGCAGCAGCAGCAGAAAGAACAGCAAGACAGCACGAUUUGCUGCUUUUCUUGGUGACGAUGAGGAAGCAGCAGCAGAGCAGCAGCAAAAGACUGUUAGGGUUUUAAUUGAUGAAGAACAAAACAAAGAAGAUUGUGAACAUACGCAAACUAGAAAAAGCCUACGCAUCCCUAACUUCCUAGUCGAUCAAGUGGCAGGAAAAGAGGAAGAGGACGGCUUCCCUCGACAAAAGAUAAAAGUUGUUUCAUUCUCUGAGGGCAGGGUUUUGAGCUCAGCUGUAAUUACAAACGAAGAGGUGGAGAACAUCCGGCGCACAGCAAUAAGCAAAUUUACAGCUUUAUUAAAGAAGAUGCAAGCAACAAAGACGCAAUUAGAUUAUUAUAAAAAAGAAAACGAGGAACUGCAUGCAAACUUCGAAGAAAGAGUAAAAGAGUUCAAAGAACAAAUGCCGAAAACCAUGCAGGAACUCGACGCCCAGUGGCAAGACCGCAUGGAGGAGCUACGGGGUGUAAUAAUGAACAGUCAAACAGAAAUAGAAAAGCUACAGGAUCAGCAAGAAGAAUUGCUGCAGCAGAUAGAGACAUAUAUGCACUGGCUAGGGUCUGGAGAAGCAGCAGCAGCAGCAGCAGCAGCAGCAGCGGGGAGCAGCAGCAACUUGAAAGAGAUGCUGCACCAGCUUACUGCUGCUCUCCGCAACAAACUGCAGCAGCAUGACGAAGCAGAAAUCAAAGCGCUGCUGCGGCUGAUGGUUGAGAAUGUUGCUGUAUAUACACUCGAGAAGCAGCUAGAAAAAACUGCAGAUGCUGCUGCUGCUGCUGCUGCUGCUGCUGCUGCUGCCUAUACACCUGAAGAAGCAAUAUCACGCAGUGACAGUCUCGAGCAGCAACUCGCCAGAUCCAAUGCAGAAAAUGCAGCUCUCAAGGAGCAGCUCGCCGCUGGCGGCUUGGGUUUUGGCAGGGAGCUGUCUGAAGAAGAAAUGAAAGCAGCAGAAUUCACAGCCCAAGUAGACUCACUCAAAGAAGAAAACGAUAAGCUGGAGCAGCAGAUAGCUCAGCUGCAGAAGCGUUUGAGAGAGAACGAGACAAGAAGUAAAGGCGGUGUUUCUGUAGACCAGCAGAUAAAGAUAUUAGAGAUGCAGUUAAAAGAAGCAGAAGCAGAUAAAAAAAAAGAAUUAAAACAACUCGAAGCAGAAUUAACAAAAAACUUCAAAGGUGCCGCAUCCGACGCAAAGAAGUUCGAGGGGCAGCUACAAAAACAACAAGAGAGAGCAGAAAAAGCAGAGCACGACCUGCAAAACACAAAAACAGAAUUAAAAGAAAUGCAAAAAAAAUACGAAGAGGCUGCCAAAACCCUCAGCGAGCUGCAGAAACAAGUUGGAGAUCUGCAAGCAAUGGCUGCAGAGUUAACAGAACUGCGAAGCACCACAGCGCAGCAAUCAACUCAAAUUAAAGAAUUAGAGAGUGCUUAUCAGAGUUGA